AUGGUGAAGGAUCGGAAGGUUGGCAUAGCGAUGGAUUUCUCAAACAGCAGUAAAACAGCUUUGAAAUGGGCAAUCGACAACUUGGCUGAUAAAGGCGACACGUUCUACAUCAUCCAUGUCAAACCUCAUUCCACCGCUGAAUCUCGAAAUCAACUGUGGGUCGCCUCCGGUUCUCCUUUGAUUCCACUUGUGGAGUUCCGGGAACCGGAAGUGAUGGCGAAAUACGAUGUGAAGAUGGAUAUUGAAGUUCUGGACACGCUUGAUACAGGAGCUCGACAAAAAGAGAUACAUGUGGUAACAAAACUGUAUUGGGGAGAUGCAAGAGAGAAACUGGUGGAAGCCGUUGAAGAUCUGAAACUGGAUUCUUUGGUGAUGGGUAGCAGAGGCCUCACCACCAUCCAGAGGAUAAUACUCGGAAGCGUGACAAAUUACGUGUUGACAGCUGCAACUUGUGCUGUGACAAUCGUGAAGGACCCAGAGACAUUCCACAAGCACUGAGUAAUAAUGUCCUAUUAUAAUAUGUUCCCUUCUACUUUUAUGUAUUGUGUCCCAUUAUCGUGUUGUUGCUUUGCUUAAAUUGCUUUGAGGUUUUAUAUUUUAUCUACAUAUAUGUAUGUAUUACUUUUAGCAAUGAUAUUUGGUUAAAUAUUAUUUUGUUUUCUUUGUUAAGAAAUCAAAAUACGCAACACUUGUGUGCAAUUUGAAUAAAAAAUUACGAAUAUUGGA